UUGCAGAAUGACCUCUGUCAGUUUAACAGCAAAAUAACGGCACAUGGUGCAACACAUGUACACACCUUUCUUUGGUUAUCCUGUUUCUGUGCCAGAGAGCAGUAUUACAACAUGUCUGCACGUUGUUAAAAAGUCUAAAAUCCAAUACGCUGAAUUUUAGGCCUUAAAAUGUCUUUAAAAUCAUCAGUUAAAUUAAUGUUACUUGUAUAAAGUUGAAUUUUUUCAAUCUGUCUGUAUUUUUGGGAAACGUGUAUUGCUCCAUGCUGUAACAACUACAAAACAAAACUGACAUGGAACCAAUAAAGAUUUCCCUUAAUAUCCUUUGUACUUUUUUUUGCCAGUGUGGACGUGAAACAGGUGUUAAAUUGCAUUCAUAAUGGUCUUAAAAAGCCUCACAUCAAACCUGAGGAAACCUGCAGAAAGCCUGUAUGAACUGAGAAUUAAAAUGGACCACCGCACACUGAAAUGAGUUCACUGUGACUUUAUUAGGAACGAACAAAGUGCUUCGCCUCUAGCUCAGCCUUGAUGAUGUUCCUGCAACCUCCCAGCACCUGAUGGCUGAUGGCUGUGCACGGGGAGUUCCUGCUUUAAUAUCAGAAAAUAAAACUGGUAGCAUAAAGGGGCUGUGCCCUCUCUCCUGAUUUCCUGGGACUCAGGACUCACCAGUUAGAUGCUUUUGUGAGACCUGUGGAUGCGUCUCAUGGUGGUUGAACCCCUGCAUGCGUACUGCAAGUCUGAACUAACCUAGCCCCUCCAAGACAGAACAUACAGCGCUGUAGAUGAAUAUCUGCUGUAUGCUGUUGAAUAAUUGAACAGAGGAUUUCCAUCUGAGCUGAUAUCAUGUUGGUCUCAGUAGUGGAGGAAACACCAGCACUGCAUCGCUCAUUCAUUAUAGAGCAGUUAGAGGAACUGAGCACGUCCUCAUAGACACCAUGUUAGAGGAUGUAUGGUUUGUCAUGCAUGAAUUAACAUUGUGUUAACAUUUUGCACUGAAAAAUGUGGAAAAAUUGAAGUGUCGUUGAGUUAUUUUUUAGCUAAUCCUUUUCUUUGUGUGUGCAGAAGAAUUUGAAGAAUUUUGCCCAGGAUUAUCUUUAAGCAGAGGGUGGGCUCCCUUGGCUGUAUAAGAGGGUAGAUGUGCUGUUGUCAGUUAGGAGAAUAGUUUGUUCUGUUUUUGACCUUGUUUAUGUUGAAAAUAAAGUGUCAAAGUGUCAUCCAAACACAUCUGUUGAUGUGCACGUAGCUGUUUUGAAUGGUGGCCUGUAAAAGAAACACUUUCAGUUCUCAGUUUCAUUUCUAGCACAUGUUGAUUUUGCUGGAUGAAAUGUAGAACUGUAGCUAGUAGAUUUUAUCAGCUAUAGCUAGCUAGCUAAUUAAGGUAAUGUUAGCUCCUAAAGUGGAUUAAAAACGUCUCUGGCUGACUUUUUAAUCAGGCAAUUGAAAGCUACACAAGCAAAAGUCAACAUCCUCACCAGUUGAUGAUUCAUGUAAAAGACAUGGAAAUAAAGACAGGAUAGAGGAAGUAUUGUAAGUAUUGUAAGGAAAAAUGUAAGACCUUAUUUUAUUUUAUUCUAAUAUAACACUGUGGGGUUACUUUACAUACUUGAACAAGUGAGACAGGUUAGAUUUUACGCUUUAUAGUUUGUAUUUUCUGUUGAAAGACUAAUGAAUGUGUUUCAAAUGCCAGAUUUGGAUGGAGUGGCUGCAGUGUAAGUCCAGAAAAGAGAAAGACAGAUCUGUUAAUGCUACCUUAAACUCUGAUCUAGUAGCAUCAAGGGUCGGCUCCCACAGCGAGGAUGUUCUAUUCUGGUCUGAACGGGGCUUUUUUUUAACAUAACCUGUAACCCCACUAAACAAUGUAGCAUGAAAUGCUCCUUGGCCUUGGAGGGGGGGGGUUGAAGUUUACUGACACCUUAAGUUGCUGUUACUCUUACUUUUUUGUUCCCUUUGGAAGCUACACAACUGACCAGUGUGUGAAGAAUACCACAAAUCCCAAGUCAGCCCUUUAAAAUCUGUGUAAAGAGUAGGUGUAGCAUCAGCUUACACAAAUUCAUGCAGUUUGUGUAUCUAUCUGCCUCUCCAUGCUCCUGCCUUCCCUUUGUCUUAUAUCCUAUUGUCGCCCCGCAGAGCAGCACAGAACAGGAACCGAGGGCCCUGAGGUUCUUAGCAACUGUUACCAUGGUUCCAGUGUGCCCUGCCUAGAUCUUCCACUGGACACUGUGUGCGUGUUUGAAGGGCUGACUUGGCUUCCUGUCAGUGCAUCUCUUCCUGUAAUAGCAGACAGGCACUUCCUGUAAGCCACAGCCAGAAGCAAAGAGAUGAAAGAGAUACCGAGAUCUCAGCCUUUAAUGAGGUCUUGGUCUACAGUUGGAGGAAGGUGUUGUUGCAUUUCAGCCAGGGUCCUUUGUUCAGCAAACUGGUGGGGGGCCACCAGACGGAGGUGCUGAGGGGAACCACUGGCUGUGACUGCUGAUCCCAGAGGAGCAUGAGUCAUGACCUCAGUGGUACUGGUCGACACUGGUGGGACGGUGGUGGAGUAUGUCACAGCCGAAGAGGACCCCCAGCAGGAGGGAGAGUGCGAGGUGGACGAGGAUCUUGAAGGAGAGGUAGAAGGUGAGUGUGAAGCUGAGGAGGCCUAUGAAGAAGUACAGGACAGGGAGGAGGCUCAGGACUACCCGGCAGUCAUAGUAGAGGAAGUACCCGGCGCCAGCCUGGCCGAGGAGCGAGGUUACUCAGCCCAGGUGUUGGUGUACGAGGACGAGGCCUACCUGAUGCAGGAAGUGGGAGAUGAGCAGGAAGUGGAGACAGAAGGGGAGGCAGUGGAGGCCUCUGUCCAUGGCACCAGUAUCCACUGCUCUGACAAGACCUUUGAGGCUGCUGAGGCUCUGCUACGCAUGGACUCACCUUCCAGCCUCAGAGAAGACCGUAGCCCAGAAGCCUUUAUUCCACCUUACGUAGCGACACCAGACUUCAUUCACGCUGCCAUGCGUCCUGAGAUGAUUGCAGAGACAGAGGUGGAGAUAUCGACAGAGGAGUGCUGCGACGACGAAGAUGAGGAGAUGGUCACCCUACUGGAGGAGCCAGAACCAGAGCCCGGCCACGAGCCUGUCAGGAAGAGGAGAGCUGGACGGAAGCCAAAAACGCAUCAGUCAGCUAUUUCCAACGGUUCACCGGACCUCGGCAUCAAGAAGAAACCAAGAGAAGGGAAAGCUGGGAGCACCACCUACCUGUGGGAGUUCCUCUUGGACCUCCUCCAGGACAAGAACACUUGUCCCAGGUACAUCAAGUGGACCCAGAGGGAGAAGGGCAUCUUCAAACUGGUCGACUCAAAGGCUGUGUCCAAGCUGUGGGGCAAACACAAGAACAAGCCAGACAUGAACUAUGAGACAAUGGGACGGGCACUUCGAUAUUACUACCAGCGCGGCAUCCUCGCCAAGGUAGAAGGCCAGCGGCUGGUUUACCAGUUUAAAGAGAUGCCCAAAAACAUAGUCAUCAUUGACGACGACAAGGCAGAAAUGCCCGGCCCUGACGACCUGAUCGACUCGGAGGCUGUCGCAUCCUACGAGCGCGUGCUGCCCUUGCCCGACAUGCUGCAGCAGGCGACCGAGCUGUCGUCCUCCAAGAAGCCCAACAUCCUGCGGGGCGGGAACAGGGCCCACGUGGUCCAAGCUCCUGUCGCCACGGGCAGCAAGGCACUGGCGGGAGGUGGUGCAUCGGUGGCGGCGGGGGUACCAAGGAUAGUGACCGUUUCAACCGCACCAGAUGGGAGUCAGACCCAGCAGUCUCACGCGGCCAUCAUCUCCAACGCCACUGGGCCCAGGACGGUGCGGGUCGCUAUGCAGGUGCCCGUAGUCAUGACAACAUCGCUGGGUCAGAAGAUCUCCACCGUUGCUGUGCAGCAGCCGGCAGGAACGACGGGGGCAGCCGGCCACACCACCCUCCUCACCAACACAUCUGCUCUAGGGGCCGUUGCUGGUAACACCAACUCGCAGCAGAAGGUGUGUGUACGUGGAAACUCAUUCAGUGUGUUUGUGCGUAUUAUAUCAGGGCAUCUGCAGCAGCUAGGACGCUUUGUCUUGGGGGGCCCCCUGACGGUCCGGGCCCUGGCACCUGUCAACGUCGCCCCGGGAACCCAAGUGAUGAGACUCACCGUACCGACGCAGACGCAACAACAGACUCUGGUGGUGUCACAGCCGGGUAGCGGGACGGGGGUUGUAACGGUAUCGACAGCCAAUCAGACGGUGAUGGCACAGCCUCGGAUCAUAAGCGGCGUCAUUAACGGUUCGGAGCUGGUGAUAGGAGCACCAGCAAGCGGAGCGGUCGCGGUGGAGAAGCUGAAGGCCGCGGGGGUCCAGGUCCAAGCUGUGCAAGUGCCAGUGGCAGUCGCAGUCCAGCAAAACCAGAUGAAUCCCAAAACAUCAGAGGCUGUGGACGCCGAGGUGGUUAUCAAACUGGAAACACCCGACAUGACGAUAAAGACGGAAGAGCCAGAGUGUUGAAAUGCACCAGUCUACCGAUAUCCAUCUUUUCCUUCUGUCAGAGAGGGUUCGUUUGUACAUGUCUGACGUAAUUUUUACUCUUGUAAUAACCAGCAGCAGUCUGUGAGACUUUAAAGACUCCUGAAGGCCUGUUUUUAGUCCUGAACCUGUCCUCACAUCUUCCCCUGUUGCUGCCUAGAACUUUACUGAACUAAGCCGGUCUCCCUCAGAACCACACUGAAACCUCUGAGUGUCAUGUACAGGGUUCAAACACAGACUUUAAAGGAACUUGUUGGGAAAGGUAAAGGGACCAACCUUGAUCACUACAAUUCAUGCCUUCUAAAUGGAUCGCUAUAACUGACUUAAAUUUGGGGGGUAAAAGGAAAGAACCUUGAAAAUACAAAAAAAACAACCUUGAAACACUACAAAACGAGGCAAAUAAUUACAACUAACCAAAAUGUGAACUAUCGAAUAAAAAAACAAGUAGACUCAGUGGGGGUGAGGGGGUUAAUGAAGAUUUUGUAGAAACAUUUAUCAUUUUGUCUCUACAGAUGCUAAAACCAGCAACUUAAAUUUUUUUUAAAAACUUGUAUCACUGUGCAGAUCCAGUGGGGGUGGUGCUAUGCGAGUCCUAAAAGUGUGAGAGGAAGUGGAGUUAUAAGAAGCUCUUAACAAGGAACGAUAUCAGACAGAAAAUGGUCAUGUAUGUACAUAUAUAUAUAUAUAUAUUAUCUACUAUACAGUUUACAGAGCUAAAGUUAACAGAACAGCCUUAGAUUUUAAUUUUGACUUUUUUUUUCAUGUAUUGUCUGAACAGUAAGCUGAAAUUUGUUUUUGUUGUUUUGCUACCUUCGCACCAAGCACAGUAUUAUUGAAAUUAGGGGAACCAAUAUUUGUAUUAUUAUUAGUUCCUCUGUCUCUAUCAGGCUGGUAAACGCUCAUGUAGAUUGAAUCUUACAGAAGAAACAGCAACAUGUUUUAGAUCAGUGGCCAGGUUGCUUGCAGUGUGCCCUCCGGCAUCUAGGGAAAUCUCUAGAAUUGAAUUUCAGACUUUUAUAAAAAAGGAUCUUGGCUAUCACUCAAUUCUUUCACUUUUUGACAGACGUUUGUUCUUGUCACAACCCAACUGAGUCUGGCUGCAUGGAAAGCUGAAUGUCUCCAAAAAGGAAUGUAUGUAAACUCGGAUCGAGAAUAAAAUGAAGCAAUUGUUUUAAUUAUUGAAAGAGAGGCAUUGAAAAUCAGAAGUUUAUGCAAAAUGGCUGCAAGAAUUCUCAAACCACUGUGGAUCCCAGGUCACUUUACUUUUGGUUUAAAACAGAGGGUCAAUUUGCCAGCAUACUUUUUAUUUCUUUUGCCGUUUUGGCCCUGCCCCUAUACUUUAUUUUUUUUGUAUCUAAAAAGAGGAAAGAUGUUUGUGUUCAGACUGAACUGUUUGUAUAUUCAACAUUUGAAGUAUAUUCUAUUUUGCUGUACUCUUGUUUCAAAGUGUAUUAGAUUUUACUGAAAUAUAUAAAAAGACAUUUGAAACCUCA